UUCUCAACAAAUCAAAGAAGAAAUUUUUAAUCAUCACCAGCACCUUGAUUUUCUGCUCAGAAUCUCGAUUCUUUCCUCAUCCGUCAAUGGACUCAGAGCGGCCAUCUCCGAUCAUUGUUGCCGCCUUCUGUUUGGUUCUGAUCGGAGUUCAAUUAUCUAAAUCGUCGGCUUUGGUUGCCGCCCCAGAUUUCAAUCCUCCCUAUCCGAAAGCCAUUUCCGAUUUGAAAGAAGCUAUUGUGAAGGGAUUAGGGCUCAAAGCUGACGAUUUCAAGGUAUCAGGCUUCGAUUUGAGGGAUGCGCUUGUGGGGAGAUCAGUAGCAUACGAAUUCGAUGUGGAGAUUGAAAAUAAAGUUAUUCCCUUGAAGCUUCUGGAGGAUGUGAACCGAUGGGAAUAUGUGGAUUUGCCCCUUUUCCAAGUGGAGAAUCGGGCUAGGCCGGGCGAGGAAAAUGUGUUGUCUGAGAGACAGAAAGUAGACAAUCAGAUGCCCGUGCUCGCUCCGUUUCAGUUGGCCGGGCCGAUGGAACUGUGGAUUCAGGAUGCCGAAAACAUGAGGAUAUCCUUGCCUCACGAUGUGGAUGCUGGUGUGCUAAAGAAGGUGAUCCUAGCAGAUGGCGCUGUUGUCACUGUUAAAGGGGCUAGAUCAGUUAGCUUGCGCCAUCCAGUUGAGCUUCCACUUCCUCUCAACAUCACAGACAAUGGCUUUGCCUCAGGCCUCAUAUCUCUGGCUGAGCGUCUCCAAGAUGUUGCUCGCUCCAACGAUGCUCCUGUCCUUUCCCUUCGUAUAGUUGGCCCGACAUCGCUCACGUCCCCUGCCCCGUCACCUUCCUCCUCCAGCAACCGCCUCAAGCUCAAGCGCCUUGCGCCUGGCCUAGUGGAGCUGUCCUCUACUUCCAAGAACCAGGCCAGGGGAAGUGAUGCUAUAUCUCCCGUUGACCUCCAAGGAGGAGAAGCCAUGGCCCUUCUUGCACCGGACUAUUUUAGCACACUUUGGCCUGUUGUCUCCCUCAAUGGCUCAAACCCCAACUUGCUUGGCUUUGAGGCACUGCUGUCCUCUGUAUUGGGUCCUAGAGGGGGCAAGGAGGGGUCUUUCAAGGUGUUGAAAGCGGAUGUGUCAGCUCAGACUUUCGUGAAGAUUGGUUUUGGGGUCGAGAAGAGGCUGAGAGAGGGCGAUGUGGUUGGCAUGCCUGAAUGGAGGACAAAGCCGUCAACUAUGAGGAUGCAUUUUGAAGUGCUGGGUAAGGUUGAUGGGGACAGGAUUGUCCCGGAGAGGGUGGCGCAGGUCAAUCCCGUGAUAGCAGAGGAUUCCGUGGCGCAGAGCGCGCUCUUGGGCAACGUUACUAUGUCAAAGAUGCCUGUUGUUCAUCACCCUCCAAAUCCAUUUAUGUUGUGAGCUAUUGUGGAGGAUGAGGAAAUUGUAAAUAUUGUAAAGAUUCUUGUUUGUUCCUUUUUAUAAGUAGUUUAGGCAAUAUAGUGUCUCUUUUUCA